UUAACGCGCGGCUCGAAGGUGAAAGGCAGAAACAAGCGGUCUGUUGCGAUGAAAACAACGUGGCAUCUUUUUAUUAUUUUGUUUGUUUGUGUGUUAUCACUUGGCUCUAUCUGCUGUGCAGCGGAUUCAUAUAAAUCUUUAUUUACCACACGGAGAAAAGUGUUUAAAGCCAUUAAACCGUCUACCGCAGAGGACAGAGGGGCCAUCCAGAGGAUUUCCAGACGUGCGCCUCCUCUGUCUCAGCUCAGGUCGGUUCAUUCCUACACGCUGGUGACCCCCUCUCUGCUUCCUGGGGAGCCAGAGGCUUGGAUAAAGGCGGACUUGGCGUACGCACCGGACGUUUCUGUCACCUGCUCCCCUUCGGACUUUGUGGUGCGGGUCAAGCCAACUUUCUAUGGUCUGGGCGCAGAGGCGCAGGAGCUGACGCUGGGCAGCGACUGUAGAAGCAACGGCAUCUCCAGGCCGCACGGUGACCUACUCUUCACAUAUCCCCUGACUGCGUGCGAUGGAGUGCGGGAGCUGCAGCACGAUUAUCUGGUCUACAAAUACGUGCUACACUAUGAACCGUCUCCCAAACGGUUUCCGAGCAGAGCGCACCAAAUCGAUGUCAACAUUAAAUGUCAUUAUCAAAGACACCAUGCCGUCUACCAAUUGGCGGUGCAGCCCACAUGGCAAACUGUUGUUCUGCGCAAAAAACUGAAGGGAAGUCCUAUGGAGUUCCAGAUCAAUUUAAUGGAUGAUUUGUGGAGAACACCAGCGAAGUCUCAGGUGUACCUGCUGGGACAAACUGUUAAUAUCCAAGUCUCUGCACCUCAUCUUCCUCCUGGAUUAAAGUUGUACACAAACAGCUGCUAUGCAGCACCUUCUACUGGCUCCAAAUCCUCCCUUAAAUACACCUUAAUAGACAACUUUGGGUGUAUGCUGGACAGCAAGCAUGAACCUGGAUCCUCGCAGUUUGUUUCUCGGACUGACAAGACCCUGAGGUUCUCCUUGAGGACAUUCCAGUUUACAGUCGACCCUGACACUAAGGUCAGCAUCUUUUGCAAGUUAUUGGUUACAUCAGGGGAACCAGGGCCUGCUCAAAAAUCCUGCACCUACCAAGAUCACAGAUGGCGAGCACUCACUGGUGAGGAUUCAAUAUGCGAGUGCUGUGAUUCAACAUGUGUGACCUCUAAACCACGGAGGGCAUUGGAAGGUUUUGCUGUCAGUAGACCAUUACUGAUCUCUGAUCAGCCACACACAUCUGAGAAUUGGUAUCAAGAAAUAAUCCCAUCUUCAGACAGCAGGGGAAGAGAAGAUGAAGACAAACUACAUUACAAAGACCUAAAUGAUGAUCAAAAACUUUGGGAGGAUGCAGCUGGUGAAAAACACGAGAAGGAAAAUGAUAAAUGGCUUGAAGAAAGUGAAACCAUCCGUGGAGAAACGGUGGAACCAGAAUUGGAAGAGUUGGCUGACAGUAAGGGGGUCUUGGAGCACAAGUGGAGUGAACCUAAAUUAUCAGAUUUCAAUGAGUUUGGGGAAGGUGAAUCAAGAUAUGAAGAAGUCUUCGAGGCAAGUGAAGAUGAAAUCGCUGAGGUGAAAGAUUUGCUUCUUCCAAGGGUACAUUUGAAGGAGACAUUUAGUGAUGUUGUCCGUGAGGGGAAGCUGAAGCCCCCAAACCCGGAGGAAGGAAAAACGAAGAAACAUGCAUGUAGAGGGGAUGAGGACAGGAGGAUGAUGCAAGGAAGGAAUGAAGACAGUGAGAUGGAUGAACGGGAGGAAACAUGGUAUUUCACGUGGACAUGAACAAAACGGAUGACCCAACUGCUUGAGGAUUGAUCUGAUUUUUGACUUGCUUAUGCACAAUAAAUGACAGAAAUCCAAUGACUGAAGUGUCUUAUGAUAAAUUUAAAAUCUUUACUCAAUUAAUCUAUUUAAGGAUAGGAAAAAUAUUCAGUAGCAUAGUUGACCAUUUUUUUCUGUUGUGCUACCUUAACUUUUAAUGGCCUAGUCUGCCUGUCCC